CUCACUCUCAUCUCUCUCUCAGCACAAUGGACGCCACGCAUCAGACUCCCCACCAGCAAGGCGAAGAGCACGAGCAGGAUGACCUGCCUCAACUGACAGAGGACGAUGUAGAGGAGAUCCACAAUGAUGGCGACGAAGAUGGGGAAGGACAAGGGGACGAGCCCAUGUCCGAGGGCGAGGAUGGAGACGAUGACGACAAGGUCGUGCUGCACGAUUCGAGCAUUUCUGCCUUCUACGGAUCCAAGGGCGAAUCAAUCUUCACCAUCUCGCUGCACCCAAACUACCCGUCUACUCCACUGGCCGUUUCGGGUGGAUCAGACGAUCGCGCUUUUGUGUGGCGUGUGGCCGAGAAUGGGGAGUGUGAGGUGGUACAGCAAUUGGAGCCUAGUCACAAGGACUCGGUCACCAUGGUCUCGUGGAGCUCAGAUGGCUCACUCCUCGCCACAGGCGGAAUGGACGGUUUGAUCCACGUCUUCUCCUGCUCCUCCCCUUCCACAUUCGCGCACCUCACCACCCUCGAAGGCGGCGAUGAGGUUCAAUUCCUCCUCUUCCACCCGAAAGGCCCCGUCCUCGCUGCAGGAUACGCCGACUCCACUGUAUGGAUGUGGUCCCUCCCCGCGGCCACGCUGAUGAACGUCUUUACAGGCCACGAGGAGGGUGUUACGGCUGGUCGAUUCACGCCGGACGGGAAGAGGUUGCUUACCACGAGUACGGACGGGAGUCUGCUCAUCUACGAUCCGAGGCAGGCAACGCCGCUUGCCAAGCUGGGCAAGGGGGACGCAAGGUUUGGCGGGAUCGAGGGUGGAUUCAUCUCGCUGGCUUGCUCGCCGGAUAAUCGCCUCGCUGCCGUAGGGUCUGUCACCGGUCAGUCGCGCCUCGUGUCUCUGACUGGCGUCGAGCAAGGCAGAGGCAUGGCAGUUGUUGCUGCGCUCGAGGGGCACACACCCGGCGAAUCAAUAGAAGGGCUGGCAUUCGUCUCCCUCCUCGGAGACCCUUCUUCUGCCUCUCACCUCAUCACAGCAGGGACAGACGGGCGCGCAAUCGUAUGGGACCUCCAAACCCAACGCGUUCGCCAGACUUGUCUGCACGUAGACUCUCCAGACUCGAACGAAGCGGGCGCACUUACCACGCUAGUCGUGCAUGGGUCCGGCCCCCUUUUCACUACGGCUAGCUCGGGGGGUACAUUACGCACUUGGGAUGCGAGGAGUGGGGCGACUGUGGCGAAACAUGAAGGGUUCGUGGACGGGGUGCUGGAUGCGGAUGUUAGGCCAAAUGGGAAGGGAGGAUGGACCGUCGUUGGGGCUGGGGAUGAGGGGGUCGCGCUCGUCUUUUCGUGUUAGACCGGGGCGACGUCGGGCGGGGAUGGACACGGGCACGGGCACGAAGAGCCGCAAGCAAUGCGAUUGUAUCGGACCGUACAACGUCAUCGUUGCCGUGACGGGACGGCCCGCCAUGCGCCGUACUGCCGUGCGCCAAUGUGAAGUGCAGUGUCGACACGACGACGACAGCGACGACAUCGCCGCCGCCAAUGAACAACCUCUCAUGGCG